GGUAAAGCACGUCUCAUGAGGAGCCACGCAGAGGAGGCGGCGAUGGGAGGCGAACUUCUUAAAGCCAUGCCCCUGUAGCAGUGGGGUCUACAGAAGUCGGAGACCCUGAAGGAGGAGAAAUGCUCUGUGAUCGGAGCAGCUGUGUCGGCCAGAGGGUGGAGUGAAGUCUUACUGUGGUGUUUUCCUGCUUCUGUUCCGUCCCUGCUUGGCUCCAGGGGUGGGUGCCGUCGGGGGAGCUGCCCACUUGAGUGGAACAGAUACGCCCCAGUUAUCCGGCCAGAGGACUGCAAAGGGGAACCCUGGGAAAUAAGAACUACUGGAGAAAGCCCAGAGAAGGAGCAGCUUUGGGAAUCAACACACAGAGUUGUUUCUGAGCUUUGGGCUCACCCUAGCCUGCUCAGGCGUGUCUGGCCCUGAUGAGUGUACCCCAGUCAACGAGAAGAGAACCACGGGAUAGACCGCCGGCCACCAAGCAGGGCACAUGUGGGACAGAGGCGACUACCACUUCAGAGGCUCUGGAAGUGGCGCCGGAACAAAAUACCCACAUUCUCCGUAUAAUUUAAACAAGACGUAGUUUCAUAACAUCCAGGAUGCCCAGGAUGCUAUCUAAAAUUACUCAGCUGAUGAAAAACCCAGAAUAUUUCAAUUCACAGGGGAAACGACCCUUACCACACGCUGGUAUUGAUGUGACCUAGAUGUUGGGAUUACCUGAUAAAGAUUUGAAAGCAGCUGUUGCAAUAAUGCUCCAACAAGUGAACUCUCUUGAAGCAAAUAGAUAGUCUCAGCAAAGAAAUAGAAGAUAUCAACCAGAAAUGAAAAAUAUAAUUACCAAAAUAAACUCUCUGGAUGGGCUGAGAGGCACGAUGGGGAGGCCAUGGGAAAGAGUGAGUGACCUUGAAGGUACAGAGAAACUGUCGGAUCUGAACAGUAGACACAAGAUUGAACAGAGCCUCGGGGCCCUGUGGGACAGCACCAGAAUGUUUAACAUUUGUAUCGUCGAAGCCCCAGAAAAGAAAAAGUAUAGAAAAAAAUGCAUGAAGAAAUAAUGGCUGAAAAAUUCCCAACUUUAGUGAAAGACAUAAAGCUGUGGAUCCAGGAAGCUCAGCAAACUCCAGCGUGAGAACUCAGAGUCCUCCUGCCCGGCAGCUCUGUCCUCACUGCUAGAAACCGCAGCUUUUCACCUUGAAAGAAGCCCGAGCAGGGUGAUGCCUGCCAUGUAGGGCAGCAGCAGUCUCACUUCGGUGGAUUUUCCGUCAGAAAUCAUGAAAAUCACGAGGAAGUAGACCAACUUUUAGGAAGUGCUCAAAGGAAAGACCUGUCAACCCAGCAUUGUAUGUCCGGCAAAAGCUAGCCUUCAAACCGGAAAGUGAGGAGUGUCUCAUAUGGAGGAUAACUAAGAUUCACUGGCGGGUUUCUCAGAGAACUGCAAAAGGAAGUUCUUCAGAAAGAAAUUAUACCAGAAGGGAGCUGGAACUUCAGGAAUGAAGAAAGUCAACAGAAAUGGAUUCCGUGACUUUCCUGGAUGUGGCCAUAGAUUUCUCCCAAGAUGAAUGGGAAUGGCUAGAUCUUGCUCAAAGGACUUUGUAUAAGAAAGUGAUGUUGGAGAACUACAGGAACCUGGCUUCCCUGGGUCUUUGCAUUUCUAAACCAGAUGUGAUCUCCUUAUUGGAGCGAGGGGAAGACCCCUGGAUGGUGAAGGGGGACGUGACAGGAGGCCUCUGCCCAGACGUGGAGUAUGUUUGGAUGACCCAGGAAUCCUCUCCAAAGCAGGAGAUUUAUGAAGGGAAGCUGUCUGAGGCAGUGAUGCUGGAAAGACUUCCGAGCUGUGACCUCACCUGUUCCACUGUAGGGGGAAACUUGAGAUGUGCAAACCUCUUUAAGAAGGAGCUGGUAAGUCAGAAGACACAUUUUAGUCAAGAGACAGUCACUCGUACUCUUAUUGAGAAAAGAGACCACUUUAACAAAUCUGGAACACUUUUCCAUCUGAAUAGAUUAUCUUAUGUAGAGCAGGCAUUUCCCAUUGAAGAGAGAAUAUAUAAUUUUGACACAGAUAAGAAAAGUUUAAAAACACAUUCGUUUGUCAAAAAACAUAAGCAAGUCUAUGGAGAAAAAAGACUUUUGAAAUGUAAUGACUGUGAGAAAACCUUCAGCAAAAUCUCAACCCUUACCCUUCAUCAAAGAAUUCACACCGGAGAGAAACCCUAUGAAUGUAUUGAGUGUGGGAAGGCCUUCAGCCAGAGUGCCCACCUUGCUCAGCACCAGAGAAUACACACGGGAGAGAAGCCCUUUGAAUGUAGUGAAUGUGGGAAAGCCUUCAGCCAGAGUGCUCACCUUAUUCAACACCAGAGAGUUCACACCGGGGAGAAGCCUUAUCAGUGUAAGCAGUGCACCAAAGCCUUCAGCCAGCUUGCACAUCUCGCUCAGCACCAGAGAGUUCAUACUGGAGAGAGACCCUAUGAGUGUGUGGAGUGUGGGAAGGCCUUUAGUGAUUGUUCAUCCCUAGCUCAUCAUCGAAGGAUUCACACUGGAAAACGACCGUACGAAUGUAUAGACUGUGGGAAAGCUUUCAGGCAGAAUGCUUCUCUGAUCCGUCAUCGGAGGUAUUAUCACACUGGAGAGAAACCGUUCGAUUGUAUCGAUUGUGGGAAGGCGUUCACCGAUCACAUAGGACUUAUUCAGCAUAAGAGAAUUCAUACUGGAGAGAGACCCUACAGAUGUAAUGUGUGUGGGAAGGCUUUUAGCCAUGGCUCUUCCCUGACUGUCCAUCAGAGAAUUCAUACAGGGGAGAAACCUUAUGAGUGUAAUAUCUGUGAGAAAGCCUUUGGCCAUCGGGGUUCACUUACUCUGCACCAGAGAGUCCAUACUGGAGAGAAACCCUACGAGUGUAAGCAGUGUGGGAAGGCUUUUCGGCAGAGCACACACCUCGCGCAUCAUCAGAGAAUUCAUACUGGAGAGAAGCCUUAUGAAUGUAAAGAGUGCAGCAAAACUUUUAGCCAGAAUGCGCACCUUGCACAACAUCAGAAAAUACACACGGGAGAGAAACCUUAUGAGUGUAAGGAAUGUGGUAAGGCUUUCAGUCAGAUCGCACACCUUGUUCAACACCAGAGAGUCCACACUGGUGAGAAGCCCUACGAGUGCGCUGAAUGUGGGAAGGCCUUCAGUGACGGCUCCUACCUCGUUCAGCAUCAGAGACUCCACACUGGCAGAAGACCGUAUGAAUGUCUUGAAUGUGGCAAGGCGUUCAGACAGAGGGCGUCCCUGAUCUGUCACCAAAGGUGUCAUACAGGCGAGAAGCCUUAUGAAUGUAACGUUUGUGGGAAAGCCUUUAGCCACCGGAAAUCCCUUACUCUACAUCAGCGAAUUCAUACAGGAGAGAAACCUUAUGAGUGUAAGGAAUGUAGCAAAGCCUUCAGCCAGAUUGCCCAUCUGACGUUACAUAAGAGAAUUCAUACUGGGGAGAGGCCCUAUGAGUGUAAGGACUGUGGGAAAGCCUUCAGGCAGGGUGUACAUCUGGCUCACCAUCAGCGAGUUCAUUCUGGAGAGCCAUCCUCGACUGUCCCCUUCCCCUCCCCCCCAUGCCACCAAGUCCUCUAGAUCCAGUCUUCUGGACGCCUCUAGAAUCUGUCCACUGUGUUCCCAUCUGCAUCCCAUUAUCGUAGUCCAAGCUGUAAACAUUUUGAUUUUUACUAGUGUUACAACCAUUUUCCCUCUAGCUCCCCUCAAGUGCAUUUUUAACACUGUAGCCAGCUUACUCUUUCAAAAAUAAAAAUCGGUAUUCAUGUUA